UCGCACUGCACUUAAAUUGCCAACCGUUCUGAUGCAGGAUUUCAACCUGAAAAGUCAACAAUUCCUUUCUCCCCCAGAGAUGCUACUUAACUCGCUGGGUUCCUGCAGCAGAUUGCCUGUUGCUCCAGAUUCCUACAUCUCUUGUGUCUCUGUGGGGAGUUAUCACCUGUGUCAGUGCUAUUAUAUGUCCCUCAAACAACAUCUCUAAAACAUUUUAUCGACUGAUUGUCACAUAUUUCACAUAACAGUAUGCUCUGUGAAAAUUGGCUGCUUUGUCUCCACCACAAGUAUUAUUGAACAUCAAAAGAACUUUAUUGGCCAUUAAGUGGGGUGGGGAGACGUACUACCUAAAUGUAGGAGGUUGCAGUACAACAAAAUAACAUACCUGCAAAUUACAUGAACAUUAAUGAAGAACACCAAGUAGUGUUAUGAUCUUCACAUAUAAGGAAGAGUGUACUUUUCUUAAUUGGGAAGCAGCAAAGAUUGAACAAGUCAAUUGUGGUACGAGGAGAAUUUAAGAAAAUCAGGCAAUAUUUUCUGACUUACUAAUGUAGAUAGGGAAAGGUAUUUCCUUGACUGUAAAACCUAGAAAUGGAAUCAGUUAUUUAGCCCAAAAGCAAAAUCCAAGCUUAUGAACGCUCGACUCCUGUAUGGCCCAUAUAUAUGAGUGAGAAUAUGGAAGACUGACAGGAUGGACUUGCCAGCUGCUGCUGGGUUGCAGAUAUCUUCUACCACGUGGGAACUGCAUUCACAACUGCAUUUUGGACUUCCAAACGAUUCUAGUUAUGAACAGUCCACAGGAACAGAACCCUGCCAUGACCAAGGGAGGACCUACACCACAGAUUUGAAACUCAUUACAAAAUGCUGUAAAUCCUUAGCAGAUCAGACAGCAUCUGUGAUGGGUGAAACAAAGUUAAUGUUUUAAGUGGAGUAAUGUUUCAAUAGAACUGCUUUGUAUAAAAGUUGCUAAUCCAAGUCUGCUGAAAUAAAAGCUGAAAUAUUAACUGUUCUUCUUUGUGAAUAAAUUGCCUUAAAUAAAUGCAUUUUAAAUUAAAUAUCGACAUGUAAUUUUUUUUCUUUAUCACUUCCUAGUUGUCCAAGUUAAAACAAAUCAAAACGGUUGAAUUUCUCUGAAUUACGAAUGAACUUUCCGGUGGUUGGAGCAGGGAUGGCGAGGGAUCUGUUCGCCCGCCGGCCGCUGAGGGCGGUCGAGAGCAAGGAGCGAGCCGGAAGCGACAGCCAAUCAGCGGGGCAACGAGCCCGGGGAGCGGCGCGGGCCUUUUCCAAACCAAACCUACCCAACGGCGAGCAUUAGCCGCGGCGCCGAGUUCCGGCCGGAGCUUCCUGCUCUCCUGUGUGAGAGAAUCGAUCACUGGUGAAGGGGCAGAGCGGCGUAAUCGGUAGGCGGAGGGUGGUCCUCCCUCCCCCCGGGGGCUCGGUGCUCCAGCGGGGGACAGCAGCCGUUGGUUAAGCGAUGUCGGCGGCGGCGCUGGCGCUGGGGCCGUCGGUUUGGGUGGCGGGCGGCCUGGUGCGCCGGCUUGGGUGCCCGCGGCUGGAGCCACAGUGAGAGGCGGCGCCCGUGGACAGGAUGGUGACGCUGUCGCGGCGGGAGCCUUCCUAGAUGAUCGUUGCGGCCUGGACUCUAUUCCACGCCACACGGAGCCUGGUGCAAGGGUUUCUGCUUUUCGCUGAGCUGCCCGGCGCUGCGUGCAGCGCGGCAGGCCGCAUGGGGAACAGCUGCGUGUGUCGGGAGGAGAGCGACGUCGACGAGAACGCGGCACCUCCGGCCCAGCGCGGUCACCAGCCGCCCCCUCCUCCGCCGUCGUCGUCCUCUUCUCAUCACCAUCACCAUCCCCAUCACCAGCAUCACCACAGUGGGGAGGUCGAGCCCAGGAGCCGCUCCCGGGAACCGGUGAGGCCGCCCAGGAGGGGCCGGGGCCCCCACGAGCCUCGUAGGAAGAAGCAGAACGUGGACGGCCUGGUCCUGGAUACGCUGGCUGUCAUUCGCACACUGGUAGAUAAUGAUCAAGAGCCUCCAUAUUCAAUGAUCACUUUGCAUGAAAUGGCAGAAACAGAUGAAGGCUGGCUGGAAGUAGUGCAGUCGCUGAUUAGAGUUAUCCCUCUAGAAGAUCCACUGGGGCCAGCUGUCAUUACAUUACUGCUUGAUGAGUGUCCACUGCCAACCAAAGAUGCAUUACAGAAGCUAUCAGAAAUGUUGAAUUUAAGUGCAUCUCUAGCAAAACGGGAUGCCUGCAAUCCAGCUAAACAUCGCAACACCACUGCAGUACUGGGAUGUCUGGCUGAAAAGCUUGCAGGUCCUGCCAGCAUUGGUCUUCUCAGCCCGGGCACUUUGGAAUAUUUACUGGAAAGUUUGAAUGUAGAGUCUCACCCCAUGGUCAUGCUUUUCUCUCUUAUUGCCCUGGAGAAGUUUGCACAAACAAGUGAAAAUAAAUUAACCGUCUCUCAAUCAUACAUUAGUGAUCAACUACUAAUUUUGGAAUCAUGGGUUAAUCACAGAGAUUACCUGAAACGACAGGUUGGCUUCUGUGCACAGUGGAGUCUGGAUAAUUUAUUUUUGAAACCGAAAAGGCAGUUCACUUAUGAGAAAGUAGAUCUCAGCCACAUUAAUGCAAUGUUGAAUAGCAACGAUGUUAGUGAAUACCUCAAAAUAUCACCAGAUGGACUAGAGGCUCGCUGUGAUGCAUCCUCUUUUGAGAGUGUCCGGUGUACUUUCUGUGUCGAUAUUGGCGUAUGGUACUAUGAAGUAACUGUAAUUACUUCUGGUGUAAUGCAAAUUGGUUGGGCAACCAAAGACAGCAAAUUUCUUAAUCACGAAGGUUAUGGGAUUGGAGAUGAUGAAUACUCUUGUGCAUAUGAUGGCUGCCGACAGCUAAUUUGGUACAAUGCCAGAAGUGAACCACACACUCAUCCUUGCUGGAAAGAAGGGGACACAAUAGGAUUUCUCUUAGAUUUAAAUAAGAAGUUGAUGAUUUUCUAUCUUAAUGGAAACCAACUACCCCCAGAAAUGCAAGUCUUUUCGUCUGCCACAUCGGGUUUCUUUGCUGCUGCUAGUUUCAUGUCCUAUCAACAGUGCGAGUUUAAUUUUGGUGCAAAACCGUUUAAGUAUCCGCCAGAUGUCAAAUUCAGCACAUUUAAUGAUUAUGCCUCUUUGACCCCCGACGAGAAAAUAAUUCUUCCAAGACACAGACGACUCGCUUUAUUGAAACAAGUGAGCAUACGGGAAAACUGCUGCACACUGUGCUGUGAUGAGAUGGCUGACACAGAACUCCGACCUUGUGGACACAGUGACCUUUGCAUGGAAUGUGCCUUGCAACUGGACACCUGUCCCUUGUGCCGUCAAGAAAUAAAGACCCGUGCCAGGCUGAUUUCACACAUCUCCUGAAUUUUUCUUUUAAAAUCCUGUUCUGAUCAGUCAUCAUCAUCAUUAAUACCAAGUGCUAUCACAUGGAACAAUCGAGCUGGGACAUGUACCUUAAAAGUGCAAUGUGUGUGGAUACUCGUAUUACUGUAUUAGCCAAGUGAGCCUAACUUGGCAUAAUUCCAGUGGAACAGUUUCAGCAAGGUCCCUUGUGUGCAUGGGUACACUGCAUCUGUAUGGCUGAAUUAUAGCACUAAAUUGGUGAAACAGGUAUUGAGGGAAAUGAUGGAAUAGUAUGCUACAACAGAGUGCUCCUAUAAAGCUGGAUUGAGGAACAUUUGUUAAGGAUACUGGAGCACCGUAGAAAAGCUUAGGCUCGCACGAUAUCUGCCUGAAAUGCUUGGCCUGGAC